AUGGUUGUGUCGCUGUUGUUGCUGUUGUUGCUCGCGGAUGCUGCUGUCCCUGCUGCUGUCCCUGCUGCUGUCCCUGCUGCUGUCCCUGCUGCUGCCCCUGCUGCUUCCCCUGCUGCUGUCCCUGCUGCUGCCCCUGCUGCUUCCCCUGCUGCUUACCCUGCUGCUUCCCCUGCUGCUGCUGCUGGGAACGCAACCAGCUUCUUGAGAGAUUUCGGGGUUCGCCAGAUGGAGUCUACAGCUUAA